AUGGCAGCAACACAGACCAUCUCGGACCUCAAUGCUGCCCCUGGGACCGAAUCGGUAAUAUCAACCAAACGGCUUCUGAUUCGCCCCAACACCUUCGCCGACGCCGCAGCCAUGGCCCGCGGGGCGAAUAACGUCAAGAUCGCGGCCAACAUGCGCAAUACCUUCCCCUCCCCUUACCUCCUUGAGCACGCCGAAGGCUGGCUCGCCAUGUGUGCCAAAGAUCCGGGAAAUAGUUUCGCCAUCUGCAGGGUGGACGACGGCGCCUAUGUUGGCAAUAUCGGUGUCAUCCGCGGCAAUGACGUACAGUAUCGCACCUGGGACGUGGGUUAUUGGGUUGCGGAAGACUAUUGGGGAAACGGGUACGCGAGCGAGGCUCUGCCUGCCUUUUGCAAGUUUUGCUUCGAAAGCAACCCAUCUCUGCUCAGGUUGGAGGCCUCAGCCUACAGUUCCAACGUGGCCAGUCGCAGAGUUCUCGAAAAGUCGGGGUGGACAUACGAAGGUGCCAAGCGACAGGCCGUCGAGAAGAAUGGGCAGGUGCUAGACUUGGUACUGUUCUCGAUUCUAAGACAUGAGGCCGUACGGUGA